AGUGACUUGUUCCGACGGUAUCUCUUUGGCAAUUUUUUUUUAUUUGGUAGCCACGGUCACAUUACAUCUCUUCCUUUCUCUCUCUACGACUUCGUUCUCCGAUCAGAGUCUCUGUUUCUCUCUCUAUUAUCGGUUUCUAGAAGGAAAAUGUCGAAGUUAAUGCCGCAUCUGGACGACCGAAGUAGAAAGACGCUUAACCUCACUGUCCUACAGAGAAUCGAUGCGUGUAUUGAGGAGAUCCUCUUCACCGCUGCUCAUGUCACCUUGUACGACUUCAAUGGCGACCUUAACCAAUGGAGCCGCAAGGAGGUUGAAGGUUCUUUCUUUGUAGUUAAGAGGAAUUCUCAGCCAAGGUUCCAGUUUAUUGUUAUGAACCGGAGGAAUACAGCAGAAAAUAUGGUGGAAGAUCUCUUGGGAGACUUUGAGUUCGAGGUUCAAGUUCCAUAUCUGUUGUAUCGGAAUGCAGCCCAAGAAGUCAAUGGUAUUUGGUUCUACAAUGCACAUGAAUGUGAGGAGGUUGCAGAUCUCUUUGGCAGAAUUUUAGGUGCAUACUCAAAGGUUCCCCUGAAGCCACAGUUAAGAAAAAGUGAGUUUACAGAACAUGAAGCGGUGCCGAUGAGUACAGUAAUAGAAGGGCCAUUUGGACAAGCAUUUACCACCUCAACCAUUGGGGAUAGUGCUGAUGAUUCUUCCUUUAUGAACUUCUUCAAUACUGCUGCAAGUAUUGGGCAUACCUCUUCAAAUGUUGUGAACUCCGGACAGCCAUAUCAUUCUCCAGCUCAAACUGUUGAUCUAUCACCCCGAGUUCCAAGCCUCCUACCAUCUCCUGCUCCAACUUUGCAAGUCUCAUUACCUGUUCAGUCAGCUCCAUCACUUCCUACACAGUUGCCCCGUGAUUCUGCUAACCCGAUCAAUAAUACCAAUCACCCUGCAAAUCUUGUGAAGCCUUCUUUCUUUACACCUCCUGCAUCACCUAUGUUGGUGACAACUCCUGUCUCUUCAGCUAUAUUAACUUCUGCUCCUUAUCCUCCUGUGGAUCCACAACCCCAACAUGGCACACCUCUAGUUCAACCCUUUCCGCCACCUAUACCACCUCCUUUUCUCACUUCUACUCAGCCUCCUCCAAAUAGUGGACCACUGAGCAGAGAGAAAGUUCAUGACGCACUUCUAAUGCUUGUUCAG